AUGGCUGUCAAGAUUACAGGGUACGAAACUCAUGACAUCAGGUUCCCGACCUCCUUGACCGGAGAUGGAACGGAUGCCAUGAACACGGACUGCGACUAUUCUGCUGCCUAUGUCAAACUCUUUACUUCGACGGAUCUCACCGGGUACGGUUUGACCUUUACCAUCGGUAGAGGGAACGAUAUCGUCUGCAUGGCAAUCAAGGAACUGGCGAACCGUCUACUUGGCAAGGAGGUUGAGGAACUCUUUGCCAACAUGGGAAUGACGUGGGAUUAUCUCUCGGCUGAUUCGCAGCUACGAUGGAUCGGCCCUGAGAAAGGUGUGAUUCAUAUCGCACUGGGUGCAGUAGGCAACGCACUUUGGGACAUGUACGCCCGCGCUCGCGGGAAGCCACUUUGGAAAUUGGUCGUAGACAUGACUCCCGAGGAGCUCGUCAACGCCACUGCAUUCCGAUACAUCACGGACGCGAUCACGCGUGAGGAAGCUUUGGAAAUGCUUAAGGCCAAAGCUGCGACGAAGGCGGAGCGGGAGGCCAGAGUCAAAGAGCUUGGGUAUCCCGCAUACGUCACAUCGGCCGGAUGGCUGGGAUACAGCGAUGAGAAGGUCGCGCGUCUCACCAAGGAGGCUGUUGAGGCCGGUUUCAACCACUUCAAGAUGAAGGUUGGCGCAGAUCGUGACUCGGACCUGCGGAGAGGGAAAAUCAUGCGGUCUAUCAUCGAUGAUCCACAGUACCUCCCCUCAGGCCACAAGGCCCGCGAUCCGAACAGCCCAGAGCUGGUGGGCAAAAAUGCGGGGCCCACAGGUAGUGUGCUCAUGAUCGAUGCGAACCAAGUAUGGGACGUCCCGCAAGCCAUAGACUACGUGAAGAGCCUAGCUGAGAUUAAGCCAUGGUUCAUCGAGGAACCCACUGCGCCCGACGACAUUCUUGGUCACGCUGCAAUUCGCAAGGCGCUGAAGCCGUAUGGUAUUGGCGUAGCCACCGGUGAACACGCGCACAAUCGCAUGGUAUUCAAGCAAUUAUUGCAGGCUGAGGCCAUCGACGUAUGUCAGAUCGACUCGUGUCGUCUCGGCGGUGUCAGCGAGGUGUUAAGCGUGCUGCUAAUGGCGGCUAAGUUUGGUGUGCCCGUGUGUCCCCAUGCAGGAGGUGUCGGUCUCUGUGAAUAUGUGAUCCACCUAAGUCUCAUCGACUACAUCGCCAUUUCCGGCACAAUGGAACGUAAUGUACUUGAAUUCGUCGACCACUUGCACGAGCACUUCCUCUAUCCUUGCUCCAUCAACAAAAACGGGCGGUACAACGUUCCCAGCAACCCAGUGGAGGGCUACAGCAUCGAAAUGCACCAGACAAGUAUCGCCGAAUUCGAGUGGCCGCAUGGGUCGUACUGGGUGAAUGCGCGAGCCAAGGCUUAG